GAGGCGGCGGUGGCGGCUGCAGCGGCGGGCCUUGGUCGCUUCGCGUACCGGCUGCUCCUCCGCCGUUCUCUCCCUCGCGAGCGGCUUUGGGCCUCCCUCCUUCCCGCCUGCCCGUCCUCCUCUUCUUCCCCCCGACUCCCGGGCUAGAAAGGCAUUGCUGGGACCUGUUUAAUUAUCCUCAGCGGCUCCCUCAUAAAUUCAUCCCUCUCCCCAAUCCGAGCUGUUCCCUCGAUGCUGUGUCUCUCCUAGCAGGCGCUUUCUUCUAAUCUCAAACAAGAGUUUUACGUAGAGAAAGCGGGGCCUUUGCAUUCUAUCUGUUCUCCUCUCCUCUCCCCAAUUUCUUUUAACCUUCACUCAUGCUUCAUGUAGCAGCUUCCUUUGAUCCAACAAGAGCUGGGUCUCUUUACACCACUGCUUAUAGGGAGAAGGCCUGGAAAACGUGAGAGCUUUCCCCCACCCACCCCUUUCCUGAAGGAGCAGGCAGCAAAAGAUAGGAAGGGAAGGUGAGUUCUGGUCCGUAAGUAAUGACUCCGAAGGACUCAUGAGAAGGGAAGAAGGAGCUCCCCCUUUGACAGACACCCAUCUCACCUGCCUGGCUAUGGAGUGUGUGCAGGUUUCACCUGUGCAGCCACAAGGCAAAGCUGCUGAGGCAGGGGACCGUGUGCUGCUGCUCCUGCCUGCCCCUGCCGUGCGGAAGGAAGAGGAGACCCUUUUGGGGGGCUCUGACCCUUGGCCUGCUUCCCAACUGAACAAUAGCCAAGAUGGCAUGAAGACGUUUCAAGACACUACAGAGUUUUGUUCCAAAAGUACAGAGACCCUUCCCUCCCUCCAGGACCAUCCGUACGUCAAAGAUACUGUAGAGCGUUGUACCUCCUGUUCUUUAAAGGAGGACCCGAAAGAGACCGGGAGUUGCGAUGGGGCAGAGGAGGGCUUGAAAUCGUUGGGCGCUUUGAACCAUCUGCAGGAACGGUCACCGGUCGACGAAGUGGCCGACGGCGGCAACACUUCUUUGGUUGCAGAACCUCUUGGGACGACCGCUGAAGGAUGCCUUAGGGACAAGGAACAGUCUGCUGCUGAGCAAAAUAACCAUUUUCAUGACAAGGCUGAGCCCUCUUCUCAGAACUGCUGUUUAAACUUGGAAGCAGCAAGUGGGGACACACCAGCAGAUGACCUGUUAAGUCAGGGUUCUCCAUCUGUGGACGAGGGGAAGCUUAAGCCCGGGGCGAAGCACGUGACUUUCCCUUCCGAUGAAGACAUCGUAUCUGGUGCCGUGGAGCCCAAGGACCCUUGGCGGCAUGCCCAGAAUGUGACUGUGGAAGAAGUUCUCACCGCCUACAAGCAGGCCUGUCAAAAGUUAAACUGCAAACAGCUACCCAAACUACUGAAGCAGAUCCAGGAAUUUAAAGAUCUAACCCCUAGGAUAGAUUGCCUGGAUCUAAAAGGUGAAAAAUUAGACUACAAGGCUUGUGAAGCUCUGGAAGAGAUUUUUAAGCGCCUCCAAUUUAAAAUUGUGGAUUUGGAGCAAACGAGCCUCGAUGAAGAUGGUGCCUCAGCACUGUUUGACAUGAUUGAAUACUACGAGUCCGCCACGCACCUCAACAUCUCCUUUAACAAACACAUCGGCACCCGGGGUUGGCAGGCAGCUGCCCACAUGAUGAGGAAGACAAACUGCCUCCAGUACGUGGAUGCCCGCAACACGCCUCUCCUGGAUCAUUCGGCCCCAUUUGUGGCCCGCGCCUUGCGCAUCAGCAACAGCCUGGUUGUCCUGCACCUGGAGAAUGCCAGCCUUUCCGGUCGUCCCCUCAUGUUACUGGCGACGGCUCUGAAAAUGAACAUGAACCUGCGGGAACUUUACCUGGCUGAUAAUAAACUGAACAGCCUCCAAGACUCGGCUCAGCUGGGCAAUCUCUUGAAGUUCAACUGUUACAUACAGAUCCUGGACCUCAGGAACAACCACGUCCUGGACUCAGGACUGGCCUAUAUCUGUGAAGGGCUGAAAGAGCAGCGGAAAGGCCUGGUCACCCUCGUGCUGUGGAAUAACCAGCUGACUCACACCGGCAUGGCCUACAUGGGGAUGACAUUGCCUCACACCCAGAGUCUUGAGACUCUGAAUUUGGGACACAACCCGAUUGGCAACGAAGGUGUCCGCAACUUGAAGAACGGGCUCAUCAGCAACCGCUCAGUGCUACGGUUGGGGUUGGCUUCAACAAAACUAACCUGCGAAGGUGCUGUGGCUGUGGCGGAAUUCAUUGCGGAGAGUCCUCGCCUGCUUCGGCUGGACCUGCGGGAAAACGAGAUCAAGACGGGGGGACUUAUGGCCUUGUCUUUGGCUCUGAAGGUCAAUCAUUCUUUGCUCAGGCUGGACCUUGACCGGGAGCCCAAAAAGGAAUCGGUGAAGAGUUUCCUCGAGACGCAGAAAGCCCUCCUGACCGAGAUCCAGAACGGCUGCAAGCGCAACUUCGUCCUGGCCAAAGAGAAGGAAGAGAAGGAGCAGAAACUCCAGCAGUCGGCCUCCAUGCCCGAGAUCACAAUCACGGAACCUCUGGAGGAGGAGGAGGAGCAGGCAGAAGAGGACGGGCAGAACGGGGACGUGGUGUCCAGCCUGGAAGAAGUGGAAGAAGUUGCCGAAGCCUUGAUACCCCGCGAGAACGGAGCAGCGGAGCAGAGAGUGGCCGGUGGUGGCAGCAACAACCUCUGCGAUUCUGAUUCAGACACCGAAGAGGAGGAAGAGGAGAAGGAGGAGACAUUGCAAACAAAAACUUUCUCUCUGUUGGGACAACACAGCAAGCCCAACCACACUGAAGGACCCCUUGGGGUGGGCUCUCUCGAGAAAGGCCGGGACAUGCUUGGCGCCAAAGACAAGGUCUCCCCCUCGAACGCUGCAGAAGAAGAAAUCAAAUGUGAAUCUCGAAUAGGAACCACAAGCAGCGCGCCACUGCAAGUCAAUUCUCCUGGAAACGAGAAACGGAUAUCGGUUUCCAGUCCCGGCCGAGGCCACAAAAUCUUCGUGGUGACGCGGGUGGAAAGCUUUCCGGAGAAGGAGGAGUUGAGGGCAGCCCAGCAGAAGGCGGGCCCCGCAGCUCUGUCUGCACCUCCGUCGAGGCAGGCGGACUCUCUGCCCCCCCAUCAGCCCGUAAAGACUGAAGGCUCGAAAGCAGAGACGAGUGAAACUGUGGCUGGACCCACAGCCGGCUUGGAAAGCCCGCCCCACACGCCGAGUUCCCAUUCGGGCCCCGACAAAAUGAACUCUGGGACCUGUGAGGACGCGGUCCACCUUACUCUGCUUCCUAACGGGGUAAAGACGGAAUUUCUUUGUGUGCUGCCGGACACGCCUUUAGGGUACGACGGGAAAAGAGCCAGCUGUGCUGUGGAACAUGAGUUGAACUGUUCCAAAAACGAGAAGGAGCUGGAGGAGUUACUCUUGGAAGCAAGCCUAGAGAUGGGGCAGGAACCAAUGUGACACUUUAGUUCUGGGCAGUCGCUGAGCAGCCGGUUGCUUUGGGGAAACACUAGCUUUACUCCCUGCCUCCACCAAGCGAUCCCAAAGCGGACACUGAAAUACCGGGGCAACCGAAUGCCUUGUCCCUUUUCCCAAAGAGCUUUGUUUCCAGAUGCACCCCCCCCCCCCCUUCCCUUUUUCCCCCCCCCCCCCUCCCCCCCCCCCCCUUUUUUUUUUUUUUUGGCAUUCUUGACGUCUUCCUCUGAGAAGAGACCUGCCGUCUCGCAGGACCGAUCCAGGAAAACCGGCAAAAGGGAGACCUCGAUCCGGAGAAAAAAAAGCUUUUGUACUUGGAGACCCAGGACGAACUCUCAAUAUGAAUGGCCUCGGUUUCUCCUUCUGGAACACUAGCCAAGGGCACUUGCAAUGUUUUUUUCUCUCUCCCCCCCCCCCCCUCGUGUUCCUUUCUUUCUUUGAAAGAUUCCCCGGAAGUCAGAUUGAAUUUUUGUCAGCUCUGGACAUCCCGGACCGCUGCCGUCUGUUUUAAACUUUUAAAUGAACCAAGGAAACACAAACAAACAAAAAAGAAGUCCUGCAUUUUUUAUUUUUUUUUUUGGCUUUUCCUGCAGUGCAGAUGUGACCAGGCUCGGUUCGGUUGCAGACCGAGAGGAAGAGAGAGCUGUGACAGUGCUGAGUCAAGGUGGCAAAUUUGUCGUGUUGUCAUGCCCCCAUGCCGGAAAAACACACACACAUACACACACACACACACACACAAACUUUUCUCACCUUAAGCAGGACGAUUCGGGCUGUUAUUUCUCAGCCCAGACUACUAUUUAUUUUUAUUCCUCUCUUAUCUCUUUAUCUACACACGCGUGCAUUCAUAUCGUCUUUCCUUCCUUCGUUAUGUCUCCAUGUUUGUUCUAUUGUUUAUUUUUUUUGUUCGGUGUCUUAUUUAAAGCGGCAUGGGAAGACUCUUGCCUCGAAGUUGGCAUCCCGGUCGGAGGGACACGGCGGCUUCCUUAUAUUCUUUCCGUUUGUGAAAAGAAGAAGGAAGAAGGCAUCCCUUUUUGGGGGGUUCCAUGUGAGGACACGUGGUGCAUUUGGGGGAGGGGAGCAAUUCCUCUCCCUCCGUUUGCCCACAAAAUGUGAACGCCACACAGGCCGGCUUCUUCGAUUUAUUGUGAAAAGAAUCAGGUAGUUGCAUCUCUAGGGCGUUUCUUUUCCAUCCGUGGGGAACAAUGGGUUAGGAAACUCUUCAAUGGACUGUAAAAAAAAAGAGUUGCAGAGAGUUGCCUGUAUUGCGUAAGAGCGGGGAGGGGGGGGCUCAUCCCGUGUGACAAAAAUGACGUGAGAGCCCUUGUACGGAUGCUGCUGGGUUCAGGGUAGUUUCACACCCCUCCACAUUCUUUCCCCCCCUCUGCCCUCCCCCAUAUACCCAGUGGUGGGAUUCAAAUAAUUUAACAACCGGUUCCCUGCCCUAAUGACCCUCUGGGUAGACGUGGCUCGGUGGUCAUGUGACCAUGUUGGCGUGGCCAACUCAACGUCACUCACUGUUACAAUGUAAUAAGGUUUAACCAGAGAGGCAGUUUCUGUAAGCGGGGCAAUAAAAGAUCAGGCUAGAAACAACAGCAGAAUGUUUCCUUCCUGCCUUCCUUACAGGAUUAGCCCUGUAUAGUGGAAAAAAACAAAAUAAGAUUUUCUUCCAACAACCGGUUCUCCGAACUGAUUAGAAAGUUAACAAACGGUUCUCCCGAAUAGGUGCGAACUGGCUGAAUCCCACCACUGGAUAUACCCCCACCUCUUCAUUUCGCAGGCCUUUCCACAUUCUUCUUAACCGGUGGAGAUGUGGGGGCGGGGGGGUUGAAUUCUGGGCCUUCCAGAAUUGCUCCUGUCUUUUCUGUUCCAGAGCCACAGGGAGUCCCCUCCCGGCCGAGCCAGAGUUUUCUUAAGGUUUGGCCCAAAAAAAAGUGGGGACGCUAAAGACUUGGGGGAAACCAGGUGAAGCUGGGAAAAAGAAGUUUGCUGGAUGUCCUGGUUUUGGGAUGCUCCGACAAUCUCAGCAGGAAAGAAGGCGAAGGCAUGGAUGACUAUAGAUGGGGAGUAUCCAACUGUGGCCAUUUUAAGACCCGUGGACUUCAAGUCCACAAGUCUUCAAAGUAGCCAAGCUUGAACACCUCUGCUGCAGACGGUGUUGUGGGGGAGGUUGGACAAUUUCUCAGGGAAGGCCUUUUCAAAGAACCCCCUCCCCCCCAAUAUGUUGAGCCCUUCGAGCCGAGCCAGAACCUCAAGGCUGGCGGAUGCUCAACACUUGCUCCCCUUUUCUCCAACCUUCCCUCGGAACCGAGCAAAAGAGAAGAGAGAUCCACAGGUGGUGAAAAGCUGGAGACCUUGGGGGUGGAUGUGGUCUCCACGGGUCAUUUCCCCCAUCCCCACCCCGAUCGGAGCUCUCUGCCCAUCCACGGAGCCCACAAAGACUGACAGGGGCUCACCUGGGAUGAGCAGGCAUCUCGACGUGGUGGAUUUGAGUGGGCAGAAGGGGAACCCAACAAGGCCAAAGUCCAGGAAAGCCGAGACCCAUGUGUCCUCUUAAAUCUCGGCGGCCAAAAAUCUGUGGAAAAAAACUGACUUUUCAGUCUCCAUCCAAACAGCUCCCGAAAGAAAAAGAGUAGAAAAAGCAAAAAAUUUCUUAUCACCGUCUCCCUCCCCUCCCUCCCUCCCUCCCUCCUCCACCCCCUCCCCCAAAAAAUAACCAUGGGAUAACUUUUCCCACCUCAGCCAUCGAAGCAAAAUCGGAUUUAUUAUUUUUUUUUAAAGUAUUUAUUUACGGUACUGGUUCGAUGACAUGAGAAAAAGGAAUGUUUUCCUCGGUUUCCUCACCUCAAAAUACCUGUGUCCCCCCCCCCACCAACCUUUCUACAAAACUGACCGGAGGAGGUGAAGAGAGGGAGAGCUAGCUACGGAGGAGUCGGUGCAGGACUUUAAAAAGAAAAGAAAAAAAAAAAGGAAAAAAACACUCAAAAACUUUCGACUUCCUUUUUUUAAAAAAAUCCGUGUUUGUUUGUUUGUUUGUUUUUUCUUAAGUGCAAUGAAAUCUUGAUCAGGGAGCAUGAAAAAAAAUGGCACUUUUUUUUUUUUUUUUGGCUGCGUUGAAUUUCGGGGAGGGCAAUUUUUCCGUCUGACCCCCCUGUCUUCCUCUUGACCACGACAUCUUCUCUCACACGCUCUCAUGCACACACACACUCACAAUCACACCACACGCUUCUUUGUAAAGGGAGGGUUAAUGCACCCCCCCCAAUAAAUAAAUAAUAUCUAAUGAUGAAGUUUUGGCUGCAUUAACCCUCUUGUUUACCCUUCCCUUCCAUGGCACCCCAAGUUUGAUUUUUGUGGGAUUUUUUUCCCCCUCCCUUCCCUUUUGGCUAUUGUUUUUUUUUUUGUCAUUCCCAUCUGGGGUGUGUGCGUGCGCGUGUGUCGUUUUAUUUUUAUGGAAGCUGUCUUCUAUUAAAUGAAAAAGCUGCAUUCAU